GCGGAACAUUUUUAUGGGUCGUAUAUAGAAGAACACCGGUUGUAUUAUUUCUUGGCAGCUGGAUAAAACUACACUUCAAUUCACAUGAAUUAUGAUGAGUGCUAUGUAAUGUAUAAGUGACAAUGAUUGCUAUGAAAUAUAUCUCUUGUACACGUCCAAUUUGCAACAUCAGCAAGUUCAAGGCGGCCUUGCAAGUUGUUGGAACUUUACGACCUAGCCACUUAAAGUUAAAUCUGACAAGUUUAUGUAGUAGUAACACAUGGAGAAGAAGUUUUUAUUCAACAACAGCUGACCAGGGGAACCAGUUUAAAAUGGCAUCCAGUGACCAGGUACCAGAAGGUAUAUUGUUGGGAAUAGGCAAUCCUCUACUGGAUAUUACCAUAAGUGCAGACCAGAGUUUCUUAGACAAAUAUGGCUUACAGUCAAAUGAUGCUAUCAUUGCAACGGAAAAACAUACAGCCUUAUUUGAGGAAAUGGUGGCUGACUUUAAACCUAUUUACCUCGCAGGAGGAGCCACUCAGAACAGCAUAAGGGUGGCUCAGUGGCUUUUACAGAAGCCAAAAGCUACCUCAUUUAUUGGUGGUGUUGGAAAUGAUCAAUUUCAUGAAAUUUUAUUAAAAACUGCUGAAGAAGUGGGUGUGAAUGUUAAAUAUGAAAUUCAUGAUGAUAAAUCAACAGGGAAAUGUGGUGCUAUCAUUACUGGAGAAGACAGGUCUUUAGUGACAGAUCUGGGAGCAGCAGAACAUUUCACAGCUAACUUUUUAAAUCAACCAGACAUAUGGCAGCUGGUAGAAAAAUCUCAGAUAUUUUAUAUCGGUGGAUUUAUAGUUCCUGUUAGUUCUGAAGCUGUUAUACAUGCAGCCAAACAUGCUGCUGAGAAUAAUAAGAUUGUUGUGAUGAAUUUACAUGCAAAAUUUUUAUGCGAAAAAUUUGCUGAUCCUGAACUUAACUUGAUGCAGUAUGUGGAUGUAUUAUUUGGAAAUGGAGAUGAAGCCAAAGCCUUCGGUAGUUGUAGUGGAUUUAAUACCUCAGACAUUAAAGAGAUAGCACUUAAAGCCCAGACACUACCAAAACUUAACGAAAAACGUAAACGAAUGAUUGUUUUCACUCAGGGUAAAGAACCAACCAUAUUAGCUCAGGAUGGACAAAUUACUGAAUUUCCAAUUGUUCCAGUGAAGAAAGACUUAAUAAAAGAUACUAACGGUUGUGGUGAUGCAUUUGUCGGUGGAUUUUUAUCUCAGCUGGCUCAAAACAAGCCACUUGAUAUUUGUAUGGACUGUGGGUUUUAUGCAUCUAAAGUUGUAAUUCAGCAGUAUGGAUGUAACUUCCCUGACCAUCCACAGUUCAAAUAAUAAUGGUUAUUUAUAGGGCUUUUAGUCUAUUGGACACCUGAUAAAAAUCAGGUCUUCCUCUGCUCUGUUAGAUUUGUUUGUCACUCUUGUAUGGUCUGAAAUCAUUCCAUGAGAGGUUGAAUAACUUUGUAUGCACAUUUUUAUUAAACCAAUCACUUCAACAUGUUCAAGUUACCUGUUGCCACUUUGAUAUCAAAUUUUAAUGUACAUUCCAACAUACAUUUAGAUCCUUUAGAGAUUGACAAAUCAAAAUAAAAUUUUACUGGUAUAUGAUUAAAUGUUAAACAGACUUGUGAUAAAUAACUUACAAAAUGAAUAAAACGAUGAAACAUGUCAUAAUUACUGCUUUGGUGAGUUGAGAAAUGCUAACAUUUAGGUUGAAAUAAAAUAGAAGUGAUUGGUGAGGACAUAGAAUGUGUGGGCUAUCAGUGGUUGAUCCAAGGGGAAGGUUCUAAGUGUUCAAAACCUCACCCCUCCUUUAUCCUUGGUUGGGAACCCCCUUUUUAAAAUAGGUGGAUAAUUCCCUGACGAGAACAAUAUUUGGCAGGGAUUAAAAGCCAUUAACAUCAUGAAUCAUAUUAAGAAUGGAAAUGGGAAAUAGAAUAGAACAACCAGACCAAAGAGAAGAAAUAGCUGAAGGUCCCUAACAGGUCCCCAACAGGUCCCCAAUGCACCGAGAAAAUCCUGCACCCAGGGGAGAUCCUCAGCCAGCCCCUAAAUAAAAUAUGUACUCAUUAAGUGAAAAAUUCUGAAAAUGGAUGUUAUACUAAACUCCAAAACAGAUAUGAACUAAAUUAAAAAAUUUAGAAGACUUACAAAGGUCAGAGGCUCCUGAUUGGGACAGAUACAAAAAUGUGGUAGGGUUAAACAUGUUUUGUGAGAUCUCAACCCUCCCUCUAUACCUCUAGCAAAUGUAGAGUAAAGAAACACACAGAAAUACGCACAUUAAAACUCAGUUGAAAGGAAGUUGGAGUCUGAUGUCAGAAUAGGUUACAAAAGAAACUUAUAAGCAAAAUGACAAUGGUACAUGUACAUAAAUUAACAAAGGAUUGCUAUAUUUAUAUUACAGUAAAUAGUAAAAACUGCAGAAAGUUUGGAAUAUUUUUUUUUAAUUUAACCCCUUCAUGCCCUUAUGGAAUGUUUUCAGAUCUUGCACCAUUGUUAAACAAAUCAUAUUGAGCAGUCAGUCAUGAGAGUGAAGGAUUUAAUUUUGAUCAGAUUGUUUUAAUAGUAUAUUAAGUUGUAAAACAGGGAAAUCUUUUGAUAUUUAUUACCAUUUUAAAUUUAUAACUAAUUUACCAAUGUUUACAAGGGAGUCAUGAAGGUUUACAUUAUAUAUUUAUUUAA